AAUAUUGUCCCACUACGUUAUCUGAGUGGAAUUGGGUUUUUUAAUUUUUUUUAUAUGUUAAACAUUAAAAUAGUUAAAAUAGAAUAACUCUGACAAUUAGUUACCACAGGUGCUAUAAGAAAUUUACGAUUUUAUUAAUCUAACAGUGGGAGCCGCCCAUAAACAACUAAAGCAAAUGCUCACUAGUGUUUGGCCGGAUUGUGGAUUGUCGGUCGGCAAAGAAGAGAAACACUAGGCAGCAGCAGCAGGCCAUAGAAAAAUCCUGAACAUUUGAAUCUGCUGCUUGCAAAAACACCAUAUAUAAGCAAAUAAACAGUACUGCAAUCGGGCAAGAAAGAAAAAGUGACGCAUUGGAUUCCUGAUCCCGUGUGGAAGUAUUGUUUUGACACAGGUUAUCUAACAUAGAGUAAGGACGUAUUUACAAAUCCCAGACCUCCCACAAGCAAGAGUAGUGAAACGUGUAGCAGUGCAUGCAUUUGCGGUGGCGCAAAUAAAGCUGCAAUCAAAAUGGACAAAAUGGAUGUGUAUGAUGUUAGCGAUGAUUUGGUCAAAAAGCUAAAUGACUGGAAACUUAUUGGCAUUAUAUCCGGCAAAUUUAAUGAAUUAAAAGAAAAUCAUUCGAAGGUAAACUUUGUACUACACGCCUUAAAGGAUUUCAAAUAUAUUGAAAAGAUUCGGCUAAAUGUAAAAUUACGGGAAGAGAAAUCGAAUAAGCGCAGCUCGGAAUAUCGUAUGCUGGGAAAUGAACAGUUCUCAUUGAAGAACAAAAAAUACUUUCAGGCCUUGGAAUUGUACAACAAAAGUAUUUGCUAUUCCGAACCGGGUUCUGAGAAUAUAGCCAUUGGUUAUGCCAAUCGUUCGGCUGUACUAUUCGAAUGGAAACGCUACAAAGAGUGCUUGGAAAACAUUGAAUUGGCUCGCAAAGCAAACUAUCCAGCCAGACUGAUGCAUAAAUUGGAUAAACGUGAAAAAGAUUGUCGUAAACUUCUGGAAACUCAACCACCCGAUGUUCAGCCCUAUGAUUUUCAAAUGGAAUUCGAGCGACAUCCACAAGUGCCCAAUAUUGCCAGCUGUUUGGAAUUGAGAGAAUCAGCCGACCAGGGUCGGUACGUUUGUACGAAUCGUGAACUGGCCGUGGGGGAUUUGAUUGCCACUGAGGAACCCUUCUGUUCAACAUUACUGCCGCCCAUGCGCUAUAUACGCUGCGCCACUUGCAAAGUGGAAAACUAUCUCACUUUAAUACCCUGUGAAAAUUGUUGUUCCGUAAUGUUCUGUUCGGAAGAAUGUCGGGAAAAGGCCGUAAACACUUUUCACAAAUACGAAUGUCCUGUCAUAGAUUUCCUUCAAACCAUGUUCAAUAAGAUACAUGGCAUUGCCCUGCGUGUAUGUUUGUCAGCCUUGGAAUUGUUCCCUACCAUCGAAGAGUUAAUGGCCUUCUGUGAAGAUCCGGAUAACCAGAAUCGUUCUGCCUUUGAUUUGGAUUAUAAUAAUUUCACAGCCAAGGAACAUUAUAGGGCCAUACAUGGCCUUGUUACCAAUCAACAUCUGCGUUCCGUAUCGGAUCUGUUUCAACGUUCUGUUGUGUGUGCCGUGCUUAAGCACUUUAUGAUCAAUUUUACACCCCUUAAGGAGUAUUUGGGCGGCGAAGAGGGCGAAAACUUCUUUACAGAAUUGCUGUUUAGACAUUUGCAGACAUCACCCUCGAAUAUGCAUGGCAUUGAUUUGGUGGAGCAGGUGAAUGAGACUAAAGACGAUACAACACAUUCAUCGGGAGCGUUUGCCUUUUUGUCAUUGUUGAAUCAUUCUUGUGCUCCGAAUAUUGUGCGCAUAUAUAAAGGCUGUAAGGCGUAUGUAUUUGUUUUUCGUCCCAUAGAAGCUGGAGGGGUGCUCUACGAUAAUUAUGGAGCCCACUUUGCCAUUUUACCCAAAUCAAAACGCAUCGAAACCCUUUCCAUACAAUAUCGUUUCACCUGUAAAUGUGAGGCCUGCGAAAAUGAUUAUCCAACAUUUGUAAAACUGCAACGCAAAAUGUUCGUACCCUAUGUCAUUGAUGAAACUCACACGGCAAAUCUCAUAGCAUAUGACUUUAAUUUUGCCUUGAAGAACUAUCGCAAAUAUUGUGAAUUUCUGACAAAACACGGUGACAAUUAUCCCUGCCAUCAAAUUAGCUCUGCCGAAGAAUAUCUAAAAAUGGCUUUGCACAUUUUAGUGGAUGCUGUUCCUUUGAAGGCGAAGAUGAAUCAAAGUGCCAACUUUUGGGACGCCUCCGAAGCAAAGUAUAGAGCCAUAAAAGAAGAUCUUGAGGAGUCAUUAAAUGCUGAUAUCAAAACCAAUGCCACCGAAGUUAAACCCGAAGUUCAAAAACAAAUAAAUGCCUGAACAAAACAAAAAAACGCAGCCAAGCAUUUCUUUUAGAACAGAACCAUAAGAACCCUAAAGAAAAUACUUACGUAGGUUUGAAAAUCUACAAUAAAAAAAGAAAAUACGUGAACGUAUUUCAAGGAGAAGAAGAGAACAAGCAACAUAUAUCAAAAACUUCGCAUCGAUCACAUAGAAACAAAAAAGAAAAAGAAAAAAGAAGAAACAACUUUGCAUGUAGUCUUUUUUAAAAGAAACAAAAACAAAUAACAAAACAUUAUUCAUGUGUUUCCUUAAUUAUUACACUUCUAACACUGCGUUGCAUUGCUUCGGAAGUACGAUCAUAUACACAGUAAUUGUUCGCUUUAACAUACAUAUAUACGACUUUUUAUUAUUAUUAUUUUUUUAUGACAUAAGUAAACCAUUUGUAAAUCGUAACGAUUAUUUUUUUCUUUGUCUUGUUUAAAUUGAAAAAAAAGAAAAUCUUCCACUCAAAAACACUUUAAAUAUUAAUUAUUUGCAAAAGAAUAAGAUAAUUACAUUUGAUUUUUUUAAUUAAUUUUCUCUUUCUACUCUUCAGCCACCUCUUGUGUAAUACUAACAGCAAACAAUUUCGUUAAUUGUAAAAUAACAAAAAGGAAAAAAUAUAACGAAUUGAAAAAAACAAAAAAAAAAAUCUAAAAA